AUGAACAUAGAUGCCACAGGUAUAGCCAUACCCAAGUAUCAUAUAAGCUUCACCUUGGUGGUCUCUGGAUUAGAAUGCAUCGUUGGCAUCAUUGGGAAUAGCUUCAUUAUGGCCAUCUAUGGGGCUAAGUGGGUCAAGGGCAAACGACUCCCGACUGGCGACUGCAUUCUGCUGAUGCUGAGCUUUUCCAGGCUUUUGCUACAGAUUUGGAUGAUGCUCGAGAAUAUAUACAGUCUACUAUUUCCAUUAACUUACAACCAAACCACAGUGUAUGUACUCUUCAGAGUCGUCAUCAUGUUUCUGAAUUAUGCCAACCUCUGGUUUGCCACCUGGCUCAAUGUCUUCUAUUGUCUUAGAAUUGCAAACUUUACUCACCCUUUGUUCUUCAUGAUGAAGAGGAGAAUCAUAGCACUGAUGCCUUGGCUCAUGAGGCUGUCAGUGUUGGUUUCCUUUUGCUUCAGCAUUUCCUUCUAUAAAAACAUCUUCAAUGUAUAUGUGAAUAGUUCGAUUCCUAUCCCCUCCUCCAACUCCACUGUGAAGAAGUUAUUCUCUGAGAUCAAUAUGACCAACCUGACUUUCUUCUAUAACCUGGGGAUCUUGUUUCCUCUGAUCAUGUUCAUCCAUGCAGCGACCUUGCUGAUCCUCUCUCUCAAGAGACACAUGCUACACAUGGAACGCAAUGCCACAGGCACCAGGGACCCCAGCAUGGAGGCUCACAUGGGCGCCAUCAAAGCCACCAGCUACUUUCUCAUUCUCUACAUUUUUAACUCAGUCGCUCUAUUUCUUUCCAUGUCCAACAUCUUUGGCAUUUAUAGUUUCUGGAAUAGUUUGUGCAAAAUCAUCAUGGCUGCCUACCCUGCUGGCCACUCGUUGCAAUUGAUCUUGAGCAACCCUGGGAUGAGAAGAGCCUGGAAGCAGUUUCAGCACCGCAUUCAUCUUUUCCUAAGAAGACAGGCUUUGUGA